CUCAUAUUAACUACAUCGGAGGACUUUUGCGACAGAGCCUGAGGAGCAAACAGACCAAGUACAAUUCUUUCUAUGGGUCGUUUUUUUUUUUUUAAUAUCCAUGAUAGAUCCUGGAUCACUUUUUUUUUAUAAAUAAAGUUGUCAGAAUUUAUUUGCAAAUUCUCAUCAAAUAUUUCCUAUCCACUUUUAGUAAAAGUUUUCGCCUGUUUCUAACGUUUGUUCCGAACUGUUAACAAACAUUUAUGCACAGCUUGCUAAGUUAAUUAAGUAUAGGAUCAUAGAAAAGUUCAACGAAAGGAUGAACAGUGUAUGAGGAACAUUUACUGCUUGGUUACAGAUUCUUCGUUCAUUUCCAGAGGGAUUCUUAGAAUGUAUCUCAGUGUCGCGUUGGUUAUGACAAGUUUUUGAGGAUUGUAAGCGUACCAUUCUUCGUUAAUCAACCUGUUUUUUCUAUCCUGCUUUGAUGUAUUCGUUUGACGUUGGAAAGAUGAAUCCUAUGCUAGAUGGAUAUGGUGACUACCAGCACAUCUCGUCUCGGUCAGCCUUCACGGAGAUCCAACACCAGGCUGCGAUGCCCUACCACCACGCCACCGGCACGGGGGCGCCGUCCCACUACCCCCGCCCAAUGCCUUACAGCGCUGCGACGAGGAGACCCAUGACGAACGCUAGCGCGGCCGAUAGUCACCCGUCUCUGACUGGGAUGGGUGCGAUGAGUCAGACGAGGCACUACGGCUAUCACUUUAUGAACUCUUCCCUAGCCGGGCACCCUCCGAUAUACGACCAUUCUGAUCAGAUCUCCUCAUUAUCAUCGAAAGAAGGAUUGCUAGAUCAUAAAAAUGACAGUGAUACUUCAAUUGAGACCAAACUGAGUCUAAGAGGCAAGAAACUAAGGAAACCUAGAACCAUCUAUACCAGCUUACAACUCCAACAGCUCAACCAAAGGUUUCAUCAGACUCAAUACCUUGCCUUGCCGGAACGAGCCGAGCUAGCAGCAUCACUUGGACUCACUCAAACUCAGGUGAAGAUAUGGUUUCAAAAUCGGCGAUCGAAAUAUAAAAAGAUAUUGAAACAGCAGAACCAAUCCAACAACAACAACAACAAUAAUAAUAACUCCUCACAUCCAGAGAUGAACCCAGAGGCUCCCAGUCAGACGCAACACCAGCAACACGAUGUCCAGACACCCCCUACAACGCCACACCCUAGGCAACAGCAACAACAACCUCAGCAACCACAACUGCCUCAGCCGCCACAGGCACCAGAAGCGGCACAACACCAGCAUCAGCCGCCCACGCCCAUGGGGCAAGUUGACAUGCACAAAGCCUCCCCACCGCUCGCUCAAGCCGCACAGCGUGCACCGCACCAUCUCAAUCAACAGCAUCACAUGACCAUGAAUCAUCCACUCAGUCCCCCCGGUGUUUCGGCGAGCAUGCCGUCAGCGGUCCGGUGGGAGGCCGCCGACUCGGGCCGUAGCAGCGGCAGCAGCAUUGCGGGGAAUGUCAUUAGCGUCGGAAAUGGUGGUCAUCCGGGAAUGGACAUGUCUAUCCCUACGAGAGAUAAUUAUUAUCCCUCUCAUACGUCCCAAAAUUCGUCUACACCCCACCCUUAUUCGCAUCAUCAUCACCACCACCCUCACCCCCAGUACCCUAGCUGGUACGGGCAAGACUUAGAUCCACGUACGCAAUACCAGGGCGUGGCCCCUAUGGCGCCGCAUAUAUAACGCCAUUUUUGCUACAUUGCACAACCAUGAGGACAAAUAUGGUCUAAGACAUUCUAUUUUCACAGUGAUGAUAAGCAUUUUAAAUUGUGUGUCUUAAACUAAAACUGUGCAAUUUGUCAAACAACAGUUGUAUUUGCACUAAUAAUGGACACUUUAUGAUACCACCGAUAUAUUGCCUCACUAUGCAAAGACGCACAUAAAAUUUCAUCAAACAGCUUGACUUUAUUUUGACUGCAAACUGAUAUAAUUGUAUUGGCUUUACACGUUACCUCUUGCAACUGAGAAAUGAUUUUUAAAAUGGUAGAUAUUAUUAAACAGUACACUUGAUAUAUCACAGGGUGUGAAACAUAUUUGAUUUGAUAUCAAUAACGUGUUAUAUAAAACAGUGUGUGAUACCGGCGAUAAAGAGAUAUCAUGCAUUAAAAUAAAUACUAGAAAGUAUACGCAUUAUACCAUUUUUUGUUAUUUUGUUGGUAUUAUAUUUGAGAACUAAAUGUUACGGAAUAGCCGCGCAAGUUAUCUCAGAGAGACAUCUUUCUUCUUUUUAUGUGUGUAAAGAAGUAUUUUAUUCUGUAAAUGUUGGAUUUAUUACUUUACAAAUGAAACGGUGAUUCAUGAAAAAUGUUCCUUCAGAAUUUCGUAUAAUAUGUAUUACGUUUGUUAAUGAUACGAAAGAAUUGUACAUUGUAAAUGUGUUCAAUCAUGUUCUGUCGCCUGUUUAUUGAUUUUUUUAUUGCAAUUAUUCCAGACC